CGGCUCGGCCUGGCGGUGCGCCCGGCGGGGCCGCCCCGCCGCUGAUGUCAGCGCGGCCGCCCCGCCCGCCGCCGCAGUGACAGCUCCGCCCGGGCCCAGUCCAGCCCAGCCGGAGUGGGAGCGGGGCGGGCGGGCUGGCCAUGGCCGACGACUUCGGCUUCUUUUCCUCGUCCGAGGGGGCCGGCGCCGAGGAGGACCCGGCCGCCGCCUUCCUGGCCCAACAGGAGAGCGAGAUCGCGGGCAUCGAGAACGACGAGGGCUUCGGGCCGACCGACGGCGAAUCGGCCGCCGCCCCGGCCGGGCAGGCGGCCCCGCCGGAAACGGCUGGUUUCCAGAAUGGAGGAGCCACUGUCAAUGGAGAUGUCUUUCAGGAGUCCAAUGGUCCCACGGAUGCCUAUGCAGCCAUAGCCAAGGCUGACCGGCUGACCCAGGAACCUGAGAGCAUCCGCAAGUGGAGGGAGGAGCAGAAGAAGCGCCUGGAAGAGCUGGAUGCGGCAUCGAAGGUGACUGAGCAGGAAUGGCGUGAAAAGGCCAAGAAGGACCUGGAGGAGUGGAACCUGCGUCAGAAUGAGCAGAUGGAGAAGAACCGGGCAAACAACCGGAUCGCUGACAAAGCCUUUUACCAGCAGCCGGACGCCGAUGUGAUUGGCUAUGUGGCCUCAGAGGAAGCAUUCCUGAAGGAGUCCAAGGAGGAAACCCCAGGCUCCGAGUGGGAGAAGGUGGCCCAGCUCUGUGAUUUCAACCCCAAGAGCAGCAAGCAGAGCAAGGAUGUCUCGCGGAUGCGCUCGGUGCUCAUCUCCCUCAAACAGACACCCCUGUCCCGCUAGCUGCUGGCUGGCACGAGUGCAGCAGGGCAAAGCCAGGCUCACAGAGCCGGGUGGCUUCAUGGGGCCAGCCCAGGAGGGGCCUCGCCCUGUCUGCCCCCUGCUCCCUGGUGUGCACCUCGGCUGUGCUCGAGUCACUGGUUGUAACUCUCCCCAUGGUUUUCCUUUGCUUAAAAGGUGCAUCGAUCUC